UUUUACCUUUGAAUAUGUCUACUGACCCAACUUCUGAAAAUAUUUUAUCUCUCGAAAUACUUGCAUUAAACAUUCUAAAAAAUUUAUCUCCAGAAAAAAUUGUUAGUAAUAUUAAUGUUCCUGAAUUAAAUCCAUGCUCACUAUGUAGUAAAGAAUUAUUUUUGAGUAUAAUAAAAAAACCAUUUACAUUUUUACCCUGCGGACAUAUAUAUCAUCGCACUUGUCUUGAAAAAAGUAUCAUAAACAGUAUAGAAAUUUGUCCUAAUAUUAAUUGUUCUAAAUCUUUUGAAUUAGAGUUAGAAGAUAUCGAUACUCAAAAAAGACCUAGUGAAGAUACUUCUAAAGUUAAAUUAUUUAGUAAAAAAGUCAAGAAGCAAGUUAAUAGAGAAGAUUCCCCUAUAUUAAAAAGACUUAUUCAGGAACUAUCAACUAAUGAUCCAGGAAAUACAAUAAUUCCGCGAUCUGAAUCCGCCUCUGAACCAAAUACAAACUUGAUCAAUUUUCUUAAUUUCGCGCUCCUCAAAGUUUAUCCAGACGAACCCAAAUUUGUUGAUAUCUACCAAAAUUACAUAAAGAAUAAAUAUAAGCAAGCUAUCGAAGAUUAUUUUAAAUCAUCGUCUGCUUCUAUUCUUGACGAGGAAAAGGACUCUAUUGAUAGAGAGCUAACCAAGAAAACAGGAAAAGCGAUUCGAAAUCGCAUCGAUGAUCUCCUUCCUAACGAUCAUGUAAAUUCUAAAAAACCUCGCUUGACGGAAUCUGUUAAUAGUUCAAUAUUAAUUUCGGCCGACUCAAAGAUAAAUAAAGUUGAUCACAUUACUGAUUUGCCUAACAAAAGAGAGGACACCUUCGUUCAUGACAUGUUGCACGAUUUGCUAAAAGAAAUCUUUCGCGAUCCAAUUUUUGAGUUGAUCUGCGCUUCGUCAAAAAAUCGACGUCGUAACAAUAAAGAAAAUUCGCGAGGUAAAAAACCGGAUUUUAAGCUCCUAGUGAAUACAAAUGAUGAGAUUCUCUUUGGCGAAGUCAAAUCACCAAAAUAUAAAAAUCUAUCUUCAUUGGUUUGUCAAGAUUUUGUCAAGCUUGCAAAUUUUCAAUCCGGUACUUUGGAUGAGUUAGUUAAAAAGUAUGGAAAUAGGAUUGGAAUGACAUCUUUCGGAGUGUUGAUUUGUGGCAAGUGCACGGGCUUGGUUUGA